AUGUGGACCGCUGUUUUUGCGACAGCGCAGAGUGACGGCAGCUCAUCCUUGUUUCGUCAUCGGAACGCUGUUGACAGCCUUGCGGGUGCACCUGACCGCGCGGACAAAACCACCAUCGGGAACAUCCUGUACAGAGCGCAGAUACCGUUUGGUGGUGGAGACGACCAAUGGCUUUAUCUCCCAGCCACCAAAAAGUUCGAUCUCUCCAGAGGAUCCGCACGGAGGAUGGUCAUCGAGUGCGACGAGCAAAUCCGCAACCACACUGGAUUCAUAAUCAAUCCCGAAACUUCCGUGUUGGUCAUUGUCGACAUGCAGAACUACUUCCUCCAUCCAAUCUACCGUGACCAUGCGGCAGGCCUGGCAGCAGUUGAUCCCAUCUUGAAGGUUGUUUGCCGGUGCCGAAAAGAGAGUAUCCAGAUCGCAUGGCUCAGCUGGGGAAUCACGGAUCACCACUUGCAAAGUCAUGGCUCCAGCCGUGCAAAGAGGAUUCAACAAGCUGCUUGGGAUGGCACCCAAGGGGGAUGCCUCUUCAAGCGCACCUGGAACGCGGAGCUGUACGAACCGCUGAAGGCUGCCGCUCAACUAGGUGACCUCUUCUUCGACAAGACCCGCAUGAGUGGACUGUGGUCUACUGCCGAGCCGCUCCACGAAUACCUGCGGACGACACUCAAGAAGACCUUACUAUUUGCCGGAGUCAACACUGACCAAUGUGUUUUUGGGACUAUAUCGGACGCAUACUCCUGGGGAUGGGAUUGCGUCAUGCUCAGCGACUGCACUGGGACGAUGACAGACCUGAACGCCCAGGCGCUCUCCGAAUACAACGUAGCGACAAACAUGGGCUUUGUCGCGACUAGCAACGACUUUUCUAGCGCUGCGCUGGCACUCAAGAAAGCAGAAAUCAUUCCCACAGGUACAUCACUUCUCCUCUCACAUCAGACUCCAAUCUCCAGGGCUAACAUGACGGCAGUCGUCGAUGACUUCCUUCCCUCCCUGACUCUAUCCGUGGACUGGUCCAAAAAGAGCGCCGACCUUGGAAACACCGUCAAACCGAAGCACGUCCAAAACCAACCCUCCAUCACCCUCCAUGACGAUACCAGCCCCGAAACCUUGGCAUCCACAAACAUGACCUACGUUAUCACUCUCACCGACCCCGACGCGCCCUCCCGCGACAACCCCGAAUGGUCAGAAAUGUGCCAUUGGAUCGCCGCAAACGUGUCGGUCUCCCAGAAGACCGUCUCCAUCCUUCCUGUCCCCUUUUUCGAAACCGCAGAAUACGAGAGGAGCAGCAGCCCAGAUGAUGUUGUUGAAUACAAGCCACCGGGACCGCCGCCAAAGACGGGGAAGCACCGGUAUGUCUUCUUAGUAUUUGCGCCGAAAAAUGGGACAACGGAGCCCUUGUAUUUGAGCAAGCCGAAGGAUAGGCAACAUUGGGGUACUGGUGAGGAGGGAGGUGGUGUGCGGGACUGGGCGAAGGAAAACGAGCUGGUGCCUGUGGCGGCGAACUUCAUUUAUUCGCAGAACAAGAAGCAGUGA